CUUGUAUUUACUUUGUACAUGUACAAGGAUAUGGUUAUAAUUGUAUAAGGUAAGCAAUAUUGACAGAAUACAGUAUACUACAAGUCGGCAAAUCGAUUAAACGUAAAACAUGUCACUUGAAGGAUUUGACGAAAGUUUGGGAGGAAAAUGGAUUCUGGUUAGAAAUGAGGGCUUUGACGAGUAUCUCUCUGCAAUGGGUGUAGGAUACAUCAAGAGGAAGAUAGCAGGUGCCGUGACGACGAAAAUGGAAAUGAUUAAAGUAAAUGAUAAAAGGAUUAGGAUUGUCACGAAGGGACCAAAGGACAUGGAUACUCAGAUAAAUAUUGAUGAAGAAAUAGAUGAGGUCGACCCAUUUGACAACAAAAUUAAGGUCAAGGUCACGUGGGAUCCAGCUGCUAAACUUUUAAGAACAGAAUCGAACCCGGCUGAAGGAUCCGCCGCUAAAACGUCCAUAGUUGAGAGAAAAAUUGUGGAAAAUGGCGAAAUGCUGAUGGAAGUGACUCUUCCAAAUGAGAAAAUCGUGUGUAAACGCUACUUCAAGAAAGAAGAGUCUUGAGAAGCAGACGACAUUUACAGCUGGCAUCAGGGGACAGAACUGUGAUAAAAACUGAACAGGAAUGAAAUUGCUUUUUCACUCAAAUCUUUAAAACAGUGCAAUAUGAAGACGUCAAUCAGUCAAUUAAUGGACAUUACAAAUAUUUGAUGGAAUAUGCGAAGACAAAGGACAUUGAAGAUGUGUGGCUGAUGAUGGUUGUGAAAACUGCAUGUUUUGUUCCAGUUCACAAGUUUGUCACACACAUUUUAGCAUUUCCCAAUGCAUUCGGUUCUGACACAUUUAUUCUCCGCACAUAAUCUGUAUUCAUCAGCACUGUCAUUGCUUAAAGUUGAAAAAUCCAUUAAAGAUACAUAUCAUAAAGGAA